UCCUGUAACCUGCUGGGAUUGUCUGGCCUUGGAUCUCAGGAAUCUAACCCCACCCUCCCCUCCCCAGGCCCCCAGGUCCUGGGCAGUUUGGGGCAUUGGUGGAAGAUGUGAAUUGAGGGCCCAGGGAACAUCCCCAGCAUACCACCCUCUUUUUCCCGACAUUGUUCUGUGAGGUUUAUACACAUGCCCCCCUUCCCCCCCGCCCCCCAGCCCUUACCCCUGUGGUCCCCUUUGCAGAUGAAGUGAUUGAGGGAAUGGACUGAGUCACUGGUGGAGUCAGACCACCUGGAAUUCUUUUCUUCCCUCCCCUCUGCCUCUGCGCCUGCAGGGGCCUUUGGAAGGUCCCAAAGCUGGGAAAAAAUCCUGCUUCUCUUACCCCUCCAUCCCCCCACCCCAGCAUCUCCCUUUCUCCUCCACUUUCCUAGAGGAGACUUGUGACCAACUAUAUGUCUGGACUUGAUUGUGGAAACCCUGGGCUUCCAGACAAGGGGCUGACCCAGCCUUCUCUGGUCUGAGGGAUCCGAGAUAAGGUGAACUUCCUUGCUGCCCCAGGCCCUGACCUAAAGUGGGGGACCACUACCCUCCUAGGGACAGAGCCCUGUAUGCUGAGGGACCUUUAGAGAUCAGCUCUCCAACCCUCCCAUCUCACAGAUGAAGACACUGAGGCUCGGGAACGGGCACGGCCUGGCUCUGCAUCGUGCUGCAGCUGAGGGGCAGGGAGAUCUCAAAUCUGACUCCCAGGGCUAUGGGGUCUCUGGUCUGGUCCUGCAAUUCCUUUCCUUCUGGAACAGAAGGGUUACACCUGGGUCACUGACGAGCUGAUAGGGAGCUCUUGUUAAGUGUCCCUUAUCAGAGCUUAUCUUAAUAAUGGUCCUUAAUGCCACUUGGGAUUUGAAGAGAGCUCCGGCAGCAGGUGCAGCAGAGGCCUCUGGAGGCAUGGGCAGCCCGUUGGAGCUGGGCUCACACACCUUGACUCUGUCAGUCACUGGCUGUGUGACCCUAGGUUAGUCACUCACCCUGAGUGCCUCUGGAUGGCGAGGGGGAUUUCGUGAUACCAUGUGUGUCUCAAUUAGUUGACCCUGGAUAAAUGUGAGUUUGUUAUCGUGUCGUGAGUGGAAAGGCAGGGGGGCCUGAGCGCAACCUUCACCCAUCCCUCCACCCUGGGGAGGCGGAGCCUCCCUCUGAGCACCACACUUUGUGUUUGCCCUUGGUUGUGUGCCUUUGGCUUUCCCAGGCACCCGGUGAGGUGGGUGUGAGUUCUGCCGCUGAGGCCCAAAGAGGCUGAUUCAUUCGUGCAAGGCCUCUCUAAUCCAGACCUCCUGACUCCCAGGCCUUUUCUCUCUUUGACUUCAUUGUGGCUGCCUCUCAAGCCAUCUGUAAAAUAGGGAUAAUCGUGCCUUGAAAGAACAAAGGAAAGGGCUCUUGGAAAUUCAGACUCGUACCCUGGCUGAAAGAGAUUAUGUCAUUGUCAGGAGCAGAUACUGACCCGGAAACUCGUUAUGACAUUUAUUAAUAUUAUUGUAGCUAAUUCCUCCCCGCACUGCUGCUGGUUCCCCCAGGCGCCCGAGGCGUGGGAUCCUCCUCUCCUUGUCAGGGCCACUCCCUGCCCCCCCAUAUUUACCUUAGAACCGGCCUGUCAGCUCUGCAGCUCUGCUGUAGGGCGGGGCUUCCUACUGAGGGAAGAAGGAGGGGGAUUUCCCUUCUGUAGAGGUGGGGUGUAGAGGUCCCCCUCUUUGGGCAGGAACUCAGGUUGCAGCCCUCCUGAUCCCGUAACUUCCUCAGACUUAAGACCAUAAAAGCAUUGGAGUGAGACCCAAGUUCGACUGUGGGCGCAGCCACUUCCUGUUUUGGUGACCUUGAGCAAGUCACUUUCCCUGGAGCCUCCUUGUACUCAUUAAAAAGGAAGUCAUACAUGGCUUUCAGGUUUCUUGUUGGAUGUUCUGGGAGACUAAAGAGAAAGAAACCUUCACCUGAAGGUUUUUGUGAUGUUCAUGUCCCUUUGUCUUGUCUCUAAGUGAAUAAAGUCUCCAUGUGUUCUGGGUCUGCUCCUAUUGGAAGGCCCUAGUUUGUUCACUAGAACAGAGAGUUUGAGACUUAGUAUCUCUGAACACUCUGAAUCCUGGCUCCCAGGCUGGCCUGCCAUCCACUGUGGUGGUGGGAGAGCGGGGUCAGGCCCUGGGCCCAGGCCCGGGCCCCGGGCCCUGGGCCCAGAGGGUUCCAGCUCCUGAGCAAGGCCACCUGGGCUGCUGUGCCCUCCCCCCUCAUUCCUCUGCCCUGAGUCAGGCCAGCCUAGCUGUGGGCGCGCCACCACCCCCGCCCCUUGCUCUGGAAUGGGGCAGGUUGAGGCCUCACCCCGUGGAGGAUGUUGCCAAAACAGUGUGUACGCAUGCGCACAAAUGUGCACUUGGCCUUGGGGGUUGGGGGCUCCCUCCGCCUUUCCUCCCUGUCCCUGGGGCUCAGGAAAGCCCCAGAGUAGUGGGUACAUGCACCUGCCUUUGUGUAUACACAGCCACCUGGCUGGGCCCUAUGUGAGUCUGCAGUCUGCUCGUGUGUGAGGAGGACCUGGGUUCAGGUGCCCUGGGUAUGCUUUGUGGAUGUGGUCCUGAGAGCAUGCAUGCACCUGUUUGUGGGUGGCGGGGCCAGUGGGACAUUUUGGAGGCCCCUGUGCCCAGAACCUCUGCUGGUGGACUAGAUCCGACUUCCUGAACUUGGCUGGUGUGCUUCCUGGUGUGCCCUUCAUGUGAGGGGCGUGGCCAAGAGCAAGGUGUCUUCUCUGAUCCCGGAAGCUUCCUUUCUCAGGCAGGUGGGGGAGGAGGGGAGGCGGAGGCUGGUGGUGAGCCUCAGCCCUAGGCUGUACCUCUGGACUGUGCCAGGGCAGAAGGUCCUGGAACAAGGACUCUUAAGUGUGGCCUUGGGCGAGGUCCUUCUACUCUCUCAGCCCAUUUCUUUGUGAGGAGCCCACCUGCCACCUGAGAUUCAGGUUGCUGAGCCCCUCCCUGAGCAAGUUGCAGGUGUUCAGACCUGAGCCUUGCGUGGCUCUGAGAGACCUCAAGGUCUGUCUGGCCAAGCUGUGUGUGUGGGGGGUAGGGUGGGGGGUGUGUUGCUGGAGCAACCAGAUGUUAUCAAGUGUGAGAACCUUGGAUCCUCUGGGAAUUUGCAGCUGUGGCCCUGACUGCCAGCUGGGGAACUGGGACCUUGAGCUGCUUGCUGUUCCCGUUCGCCCCGAGUGGAGCUCAGCCCUGAGUUCCCCUGGUUAGGGGAAACUGAGGAUGACUGUGCCCUGCGUGGUUAAAGGCAUCAGUUUAGGAGCCAGCCUGAGCUUGGGAAGUCACCAAGCUCUCCGAGCCGCACCAGUCCAGGAUCAGUUAUGGGAGAGUAUGUUUGAGAACCUGCCUUGAAUGGCUGUUGGAAGAUCUCUGAGGGCAGAGACUGUUUGCCUUCCCCCAGCCCCUGGCAUUAAUCACCCUGCAAGUGUGGGGCUACUGCUCUUUGUGUCUGAGCAGGACUAAUAAGGGGCAGAUGGGUCUGGCCUAAGAGAGGAUCUAGGGGAGGAUGUGGCCAAGAAAUCUCGAAUUUGUGGGGAUGAUAGGGUCUCCCUUCAGAGGAGAGAUCAGGUUUGUAGCUGGACCAGAAGACAACAUAGUUUUUGGGUUCAAGUUAUCCUCAGGGCAAAUGCUACCUUGCCCUUCCCAGCUUGCCCUUUCUGGCCUCCAUUUCCUCAUCUGUCAAAUGGGGAUAAAAGUGCCUACUUCUUAGGAUUGUUGUUUGGAUUUCAAUGAUUUGUGGCCUUACAGACUAUCCAGCUGCUCAGAAGUUUGUUCUCCAGAGAGCAAGGGCUCAGCCUCUGCUUGAGUGGUCUCUGAGUGGUGGGGCAGCAAAUGGGGAAGGGGCAGCAGAGGGAUCUCGUUUGUGGCGGGGGAGCCACUGUGAAUUCUUCGCCACUCAGGGAGAAAGGUGCUGUGAGAGCGUGGUGUCCUGAGGUGAGUCUGGGGACAGCACUUUACAGACUGUCUCUUCCACAGCCUCAGCUCCUCUUUCUGGAGUUGCCCAAGGGGAUCUCCGCGCUGUCGUUACCCAGAGUAACCUUUCAUGCUGACCUCCGGGGCCCCACCUGACCUGGCUCCUGCCGUCCUCUCCCUUGCUCACCGUAUUUCCGCCCCUCUGGCCCCAGUUUUCUGUUCUGAGAUACCUCCCCCCACCCCACUGCUGUCUCGAGGCCUUUCCACUUGCUGCUGUCUCUCUCCAGAAGGUUCUGUGCCCAGCACUUGCCCUGGCUGGGUCCUUCACCUUCGGCAGGCCUUGGUUCCAAUGGCCUUUCCUUAGACUUUCCUUCAUGCCCCCUAGAGGCACCCCCUUCCCUAUCAUAGCUCCUCAGUCUUAACUAAUCUAAAAUUGUGCUGUUGGUCUACCUCACUGAUGUAUUUGUCAAAUGUUUAUUGAACUCACGGAAUGACAGGCCCUGAUGUAGGUGUUCAGGUGAACAAGAUAAAGUUCUCCAUUCGCUAGAGCUUCCAUAUUAGCUUAAUAAAUACUUGAUGGUUGAAUGAAUGUGUGCAGCAGUCUUAUAAGGAGUUCAUUGGUUUUGUUUCCAUAUGAAGUCAUAACUUGUGUGUGAUGGAGCUGAAUUUGAACUUGGAGCUGACUUCCCUCCAGUUACCUCCUCCUACCCCUCAUUUUUACUGCCCUUACCUAUGACCGGGUUGUUUUUGUUUCAUUUUGUUUGGUUUUGGCUAAUUCUGUUCUGUCUCUGCCUGGUGAUCCAACAGUCACCAAGUCACAGAGUGGGCCAGUGGGAAGGAUCCUGGGCUGGAGGAACUAGAGGAAUACCAUGAAGCCUGGCUCUGCUGUGUGACCUUGGAGAGUUCACAGUGCUUCUCUGGGCUGCUUCCCACAAGACCAAAGUGAGAAGAAAUUCCUUGGGAAGGCAUGGGUCUGAACAUACACACGAGGAGUUGUUCCCACCAAGCCUCGGUGUUUCUGCUCUGGACGUCUCCCUGGCCUCCCUGUGUCCUGUGUCCUGUGUCCUGGGCUGGCUCCCACCCCUCCAGGGGGCUUUGCCAAAGGACUUGCCAUCACAGGCAUUUCUGGGCUUCUGCCAGGCUGUUCCACCUCUGAGUUCCUUCCCCAGGGAAUGACCCUCACCAACCAAGAGGACUUGGGGUUGGGCAUCAUGCCAAGUGUAGUCCAGUGGUUCUUCCACUAUCCAUCUGGCAGCUGGGACCCCUGCCAUGGCUUUGGCUCCUGACUGUUUAGAAAAGAGCUUGGGGACGGCCUGCCCCCAGGGACUGAGUAGCUUCAGCCCUGCUAGUUAUACUCUCCACCAGAGCCAAGCAUCCGCAGACUCGGGGUCUCAGUUUCCCCGUCAGAAUCUGGGAUGGUACCUGCCUCUGUGCUCCGCUUGAGGGGCGGGGUCUGUGGGUGGGCGGGGUCCGUGGCGCAGGUGGGCGGAGGAGCAGGAAAGCAGCCCCUCCCCCUCCCCUGCCUGGAUUCGGCUCUGCAGCUGGGCGGGCGACUCGCACCGUUUGGUGCUGGGUUAUGGUGAAGGCGGUGCCUGGUGUUCUGGAGAGGUCGGAAUAGGGGACGGCCCUAGUGUUGCCCGCUGUCAUGGUGGUGUUCCUGGGCCGCCGCCUCCCGGUGCUCCUCGGGCUCUUUAAGAAGAAGGGCUCUGCCAAGGCCGAGAGUGACAAACGUCUAAGUGGCGGGCCUGGCCAGGGGCCGGGCUCUGUAGUGGAGGAGCACCAGGACAAUGUCUUCUUCCCCAGCGGGCGGCCGCCGCACCUGGAAGAGCUGCACACACAGGCCCAGGAGGGGCUCCGUUCUCUGCAGCAGCAAGAAAAACAGAAACUGAAUAAGGGCAGCUGGGACCAUGGAGACACCCAGAGCAUCCAGUCUUCCCGGAUGGGGCCGGACGAAGAUAGCAUCUCCUUCUGCAGCCAGACCACAUCCUACACGGCUGAGAGCUCCACGGCAGAGGACGCGCUCUCCAUCCGCUCGGAGAUGAUCCAGCGCAAAGGCUCUACCUUCCGACCCCAUGACUCAUUUUCCAAAUCCUCUGGGAAGUCGGGGCGGCGGCGCCGCGAGAGGCGGAGCACGGUGCUGGGACUGCCGCAGCAUGUGCAGAAGGAACUCGGCCUGCGGCACGAGCGUGAGGCACCAGGUACCCCUCGGCCUCCUGGUCCUCGGGAUGCGGUGCGCAUCCCCACAGUGGACGGCCGCCCCACGGGCCCGGCCUCGGGGACUGGGGCCCGGGUGUCCCUGCAGGCGCUGGAGGCUCAGGCCGAGGCUGGUGCCGAGGCGGAGGCCAUGCUGCAGCGCCACAUUGACCGCAUCUACCGGGAUGACACCCUUGUUGGGCGGUCCACGGGGCCCCGGCCCCCACCGGUGACCCGGCCCAUGUCCCUAGCGGUGCCUGGACUGACUGGAGGGGCAGGGCCGCCGGAGCCCCUGAGCCCAGCCAUGUCUAUCUCGCCCCAGGCCACCUACUUGUCAAAACUGAUUCCGCACGCUGUCCUGCCACCCACGGUGGAUGUGGUGGCCCUGGGCCGCUGCAGCCUGCGUACACUGAGCCGCUGCAGUCUGCUGUCCGCCAGCCCGGCCUCCGUGCGCUCGCUGGGCCGCUUCUCCUCCGCCUCCAGUCCCCGGCCCCGCAGCCGCCACCCGUCCUCCUCCAGUGACACCUGGAGCCACUCCCAGUCCUCCGAGACCAUCGUGUCUGAUGGCUCCACCUUGUCCUCGAAGGGUGGCUCUGACGGCCUGCCAGAGGGCUCUGUGGCUAGCAGUGGUGUGGCGCCCCCUCCCCAGGGGGGCAGCGGGCGGGGCUCGCCCAGCGGGGGCAGCACAGCCGAGGCCUCAGACACUGCCAGCGUUCGCAGCAGUGGGCAGUUGUCCGGCCGGAGUGUGUCCCUACGUAAGCUGAAGCGGCCCCCCCCACCUCCCCGCCGGACUUACUCGCUCCAUCAGCGGGGCUCGGCAGCCCCCGAUGGGCUCUUGGGGUUGCCGCCCAAGCCUGAACGGAAGCAGCAGCAGCCACAGCUGCCCCGGCCCCCCACCACCGGUGGGUCAGAAGUGAUGGGGGCAGCCCCCUGUCCCUCCAACUCAGCAGGUGUCUGGGUGCCCGGCUUGUCUCCGGGUGGCUCCCGGCGUCCCCCGUGCUCUCCAGAACGGACGCUCUCACCCUCCAGUGGGUACUCGAGCCAAAGUGGUACCCCUACCCUCCCUCCCAAGGGUCUCGCAGGGCCCCCUGCUUCCCCGGGCAAGGCCCAACCCCCUAAACCAGAGCGUGUCACUUCCCUUCGGUCUCCUGGGGCCUCUGUCUCCUCCUCUCUGACGUCUCUGUGUUCCUCGUCCUCUGACCCGGCCCCCUCAGACCGUUCUGGUUCACAGGUGUCGACCCUGGGGGAUAGGUUUGCCAUACCUCCUCACCCCAAGGUGCCUGCGCCCUUCUCCCCACCCCCUUCCAAGUCCAAGAGUCCUAACCUAGCAGUUCCUGCUCCAGUUACUCCUGCUGUGGUCUCUGGGCCCGUCUCUGCCACUGACGUGGGUCCCGAGCCUCUGCCAGCGCCACAGACAUCCCUGAUGCCACCACAGGAGUCUCCCGUUGCCUCCAAAGACAAGUCACCCCCACCGUCCCCGCCCCCUUCCUACCAUCCUCCCCCCCCACCCACUAAGAAGCCAGAGGUGGUCGAGGCCCCGUCUGCCCCAGAGAUUGCAGAGGAGCCCCUCCAAGACCCCAGCUGGCCCCCACCCCCACCUCCUGCACCUGAGGAGCAGGACCUGUCCAUGGCAGACUUCCCCCCACCUGAGGAGGCCUUCUUCCCUGUGGCUGGCCCUGAGCCAGCAGGCCCUUCAGGCCUCGCAGAGCCCUUCGGUUCCCCGGCUGCUUCGUCCUUCUCGGUUACUGUCUCUUCCCAGAGCCAGCUCCUUGGUUCCCCAGAGCCACCACCUCCAGCUCCGCCAGCGCCCCCCCCUCCUGGUUCUGACCCAGGGCUUGUGGCCAAAGUCCCUUGGAGGGAACCAGCGGGCUGCAGCAAAGGCAGUGCAGCUCCCCGGGAGGAUGCCGGUGCACCCCUGGUCACCCCCUCACUCCUGCAGAUGGUGCGGCUGCGCUCUGUGGGUGCUCCUGUGGGAGCGGCAACCCCGGCAGCCGGGCCUUCUGCCCCCCAGAAGCCGCUACGAAGGGCCCUGUCGGGGCGGGCCAGCCCGGCGCCUGCCCCCUCCUCAGGGCUCCAUGCUGCUGUCCGACUCAAGGCCUCCAGUCUGGCAGCCAGCGGGGACCCUGGGAGUGCCCAGCCGAAUGGACCACCUGAGGCGGAGCCACGGUCUCCCCAGUCCUCUGCCUCAAUGGCCAGCUUCAUCUUCUCCAAGGGCACCAAGAAGCUGCAGCUGGAGCGGCCGGUGUCCCCCGAGGCCCAGGCUGACCUCCAGCGGAACCUGGUGGCUGAACUUCGGAACAUCUCAGAGCAGCGGUCACCCCAAGCCCCAAAGAAGCCACCUAAAGCUCCCCCACCUGUGGCCCGCAAGCCCUCUGGGGGGGUCCCACCAUCCACCUCCCCUACCUUUGCUCGGGCUGAGUCUCUUCCUGGCCCUCCCACCAAUGGGAUCCUUCAUGCUGAGGACAGGACUAAGGGGGACCUGGCAGAGAAUGGAAGUGUCGUGCAGCUGGUGGGGCCCCAGGAGCAGAAGCUGGCCCCGCCUGGCUCAGACCCACAGAAAGAGCUGGUCUGACCACCAGGCACCUCGCUGGCACUGCUGACCCAUCCCAGGAAUACAAUCUCAGGGACCUGAGCAGCUCCAAGGACAAGAGGAUACGGCAGACACUUAACCUAGUAGAGAGGAUGCCUGCAGCCUUAACCUUCACAGCCUUCGAUAUUUAUGCAAGCCUGGUGUUGAUCCCGUCCUCCAAGUCAUCCGGCUCAUGCCUUUUCCCCCUGAAUGGAUUCCCUUCUGGCCACUGCUGCUUGUCUUGGCCUUAGCCUCAUCUUGAAGGAGGUAGCUGGUGGGAGCGGGUGGCUGCGCCCCCUGCUGGCCAUGAGGCCACACAGUUGGGAGCCGAGCACCUCACUUGAGUUUCUUUCCUCCCCCCCCACCCAUGUCCAAAUCAUGCACAUACUGUAGUCCAGAAUCAAAGCACUUUUGGAAAAAGCAGCUGCAUGUCCAUCUUCCAGGGCCCAUGAAGCCGCAUUCCAAGGGCCUGUUUACAUGGCAGCAGCAUCAGUCCCUGGUAGCACACCCAUAGCUGGGACCAGUCUGUUCCCUCCCUCCGAGCCAGUGUGCCCAUUUCUUAGUUCUUGGAGGUGGGCGAGUCAUCGUAUCCCCACAGGCUUCUCCAGGCUGGAGGCAGGAGCGGGGCUGUGGAAUUCCAAAGCACAAAAGGUGCAACAGGGGGUUAGCCCUCCUGUGCCUCAACUUACCAUCAACCACCCUCCUUGCCUUCAAGUUAUGCCAGGUGCUCCAUGCAGGGGACAGGAAGUGGGAGACUGCCAGGGCCCGAAUGGGGGUGGGGGAGAAGAGCCAGCAGGGAGGUCCACAGGCCCUCUGUCUUCAGAGAGUGGGAGAACAGAAUCUGGACACAUCUUGGGCAUUUGGUAAUGCCAAGCAUCCGCCACUUGUUUCAUGCAGUCAGGUUGGGGUGGGCAGGCACAACACUUCCGAGGCAAUGUGGCAAAGCUGUGUCCUUUCCAGCUGGGCAGGAAGUCCUGAGGAGGUGGGUGGUGGGAUGUGGCCCUGGGGGAACACUUGUUUGAGCCCAGACCUGGUCCUACAGAUGACAUUCUGGGACCUUUCUGUUUACUCAGCACUUGUUCUCUUUAGCUGCCUUUCAACACAGGUGGUUUCGCAGGGGGAGCGGACGCUGAGUGACAAGGCUGGGAAGCCAAAGGUGCAUUCUAUUCCACUCUCUUCCCUAGUCAAUGAAGGGGAGGGGGUUCAGUGCUCCUAGGGAGCAGGCUGGGUGAUUGCCCCCUAGCCGUCAGCCUCUGCUACUGAUCUCAUCUCUAGGAAUUUUAAUGACCUAUUUCCAGACUGUGCCACCUCUCUAGGUAAGCUGGCUUCCCCGCUGGCCCCGGCGCCUCCCUCCAUAGUAGUGUGGCGCCCCCCGGGGACCACCCCUUCUGUCCUGAUUCUCUUUCCUCAACAGUGACUUGGGCUUGAGCCUGGCAAGGAACCUCACUUUUAGCUGCUGCUCUGGAGAGACUGAACCCCUCCAGGACAAGAGCUGGGAGCAUAGGGGAUGCGGUACUAGAGCCCAGGUUCCCCUGGCCCUCCCUCAUUGCUGUUGUCUCCCUGUAGCUGUCAGCCAAGGUUGUUCCCUCGCCUUGGGUGAGGGAGAGCAGCUGCUGGCUAUCUGUUGCAUCUGCCCACUGAGCUGGGGAACGAGGGUAGUCGGUAUGUACUGCUCCGCUCAGAGUUCCUGAUCCAACCCCCUGGGAACCAAGACCAGGCCAAGGCUCCAUGAGAGCAGGCCCUGGCAGCAGCCCUGGAGCUGCUGGAGGUGGGAGGGAGCCCAGCUUCUGUGUUUUCUUGACCCGCCCCCCACUUCCCUCUCAAUGUUACUUGAGCUCCUUAUCCUCAGCUAGAAUUUUCUGAGCUUGUUUCCCCACUGGGUGGGACAGAGUACAAAGGAGAAGGGAGGAUCUAGAAGAGGCAACCCUUCUUUGUCCUCUGGGGUAAAUGAGCUUGACCUAGUGCAAAUGGAAAGACCAAAAGCCUCUGAUUUUUAAUUUCCAUAAAAUGUUAGAGAGAGAAGUAUAUAUAUAUUUCUUUAAAUUUUUGAGUCUUUGAUAUGUCUAUACCAACAAUUCAUUCCUUCUCCCCUGAAGCCUGAGUGAGACACAUGAAAAAGCUGUGUGUGUUUCAUUCAAAGGUAUUAAUUAAAUGAUUAAAACUUG